UUGAACAAAUCCUUGUCCCGAACGACGACUCCCACAACACGAAGAUGAUGAGCUGGUAUAUAAACAUCUUCAACUAACCCUCCAGGCUGAGAAGCAGCAUCUUUUUCCAAUCAGUCCAUUCCAUUCGUUUCAAAGAGCUAGUCUCUCUUCUCAUUCUUUAAAUUUCACUUUCAUUAUACCAAGUUCGCUUGCGACUUUACUAUUCCAAUCAUUUCACCAUGAAGACCACCACUUACGUUUCCGCUCUUCUCAGCCUGGCCUCCGCCGUCAGCGCUCACUACACCUUCGACAAGCUCACCCUCGCUGGCGUCCAACAGGGCACUGAUAACGAGUACAUCCGCAAGCACCAGAACGGCUACAUGCCCACCAAGUUCAAGGGCAUUCCCGAUGGUUCCAUCUCUCCCACCGACAAGGACUUCACUUGCAACAAGGGCUCUACCCCCUCUGCCAACGUCUUCAAGGUCAAGGCCGGUGAUGAGAUUGGUCUUAAGCAGGCUUUCGGCGGUACUGGAAUGCAGCACCCCGGUCCUAUCCAGGUCUACGCUGCUCCUGUCAAGGACGCUACUAGUGACAGCCCUUAUGACCUGAAGUGGUACAAGAUUCACCAGGCUUUGAUCUGCAAGUCUGGCAACGCUGAGUCUCUCCGCUCAACUGCUUGGUGCUCUUGGGAUGAGGACUCUGUCCACUUCAAGAUUCCUUCCACUCUUCCUGAUGGACAGUACCUCAUCCGUGGUGAGCACAUUGCUCUUCACGGUGCUCACGAUGGCCAGGCUGAGUUCUACUAUGCCUGUGCUCAGGUUGAGGUCUCUGGUAACAGCGCCACCACCAUCCCUGGUACUUCUGUCUCUAUCCCCGGUGUCUACAAGCAGGACGACGCUGCUGUCAACUUCAGUCUCUGGGGAAGCUCUACCUCUUAUGAUGUCAUGCCUGGUCCCGAUGUUAUCCCCGGUGGUACUAUCCGCGGUAGCGCUGAUGGUGCUGGUGGCGAUGUCACCAAGACUGUUGAGGGCGGUGCUGACUCUGGUUCCGACUCUGGCUCUGACUCUGGCUCUGAUGCUUCUCCCACCGAGGGUUCCGCUGCUCCUUCUUCCGCUCCUACCUCUGCUCCCGAGUCUUCUCAGGCUCCCGUUGUCCCUGACGUUCCCGACUCUGCUGAGACCACUCCCCAGCCUACCCCUGUUGCCGCUGAGACCACUCCUCUCCCCUCUGCCGGUAACGGUGCCAGCAACGGAUGCUCUUCUGGUUCUUCCAAGGCCCGCCGCCACGCUCGCCACUUCGCUGCUCACCGUUUCUAAGUGUGUGCAGUGAGAAAAUGAUUAGAUGUCAGUAAUUUGACAUGAUGCACGCUGGGCGUGGUGUUUUGAAGUCAUGUCAUACGCUGGCGUCUUGGAGGAAAAAUGGUAUUCUGGACUUGAUAAGAAAGACACUUUGCUUCAGCUUUCAUUGUAAACUAGAUAAGCUUCUUGUAAAUAUAAUCUU